AUCUCUUCUUUUUCUUUUUUGGCCUUUUCUCUGGUUUAAAACUACUAAUGCAACCCAUUCAAGGGUCACAAAGUCACCAUUCUCACUGCCGUUGACCACCAUCUCCGGCCAUCCACCUUCUCACCAGUACACUACUCCCACCUUCAUGAGCGGAACAUCGUGAACAGAUCCAACCAACCUACCACCGUCAUACUCUGGGUGCUCGUAGAUCAGGGAAUAAAAAAAACCACUUCUCAUUCAGAAGCGGGAAAGGACAGAUGAAUUAAGCGGUCAUCGAGAUCUUUAUAGAAAAUAAAAGCAUUUCCAAAAAUUCCUUUGGAAAUGCCGAUGAGCGAGGAGCUGGGCACAAGGAGUUACAAUAGUGAGGCACUAGGAUUGGAAUGAAAUGAAGAAUUAGUUCCAGGAGAGCAAAAACCAGGCCAAUCCGUUGUAGUUGAGCUUCACUCAAGUUCUUAGUGUGCACAACCAGCCAACAAUGCUAAUCACAUUUGCUAGCAGUAUGAUUUUUAUGGAGAAGAGGUCAGUAAUCCAGGUUUUUCCAGAAAGUGUGCGCAAACUUUGGAAUGAGUGGGAGCUCCGCGUGAUGGUUCUACUCAGCGUCUCCCUGCAGAUUGUCCUCAUCCUCUUCAGCAAGCGACGAAAGUAUACAAACACGCCCUGGAUCAGAAUCCUGAUUUGGUCGGCAUACCUGUCAGCAGAUUGGGUGGCAACGGUAUCCCUGGGUACCCUCUCCAGCAGCCAAGGAGAUUCUGAUGGUAAAUCUCUGGAUCCGAACUACACCCUUAUGACAUUUUGGGCACCAUUUCUUCUCCUACACCUUGGUGGCCCGGAUACCAUCACUGCUUACUCCUUGGAAGACAAUGAGUUGUGGUUAAGGCACUUGCUUGGACUAGUUGUUCAAGUUGGAGUGGCUUUUUAUGUGUUUCUGAGGUCAUGGGCAGGAACUCGACUCACAUUUCUGUCCAUUCCAAUGUUUGUUGCUGGAAUUAUCAAGUAUGGAGAGAGGACUUGGGUUCUCAUGUCUGCAAGCAACAAUCACUUGAGAGAGUCUUUGCUUCCACCUCCCGAUCCUGGACCGGAUUAUGUUGAAAUCAUGAGAGGAGAUACAGCGACUGUGUUUCACAAAGAUAAGGGCAACGUUACUAGUCCUGAUGGAAAAUUUGAAGCUCACUCCUUAUUUGAUAAAGCUUACUCCUUAUUCAAGAAGCAAUUCCGGCAUCUAUAUGUAGACCUCAUCCUCAGCUUUAGUGACAGAAAAAACAGUGAGCCUCACCCGAAGAGGCCUUCCAAGUGGUAGAGAUGGAGAUCAGUUUUAUGUAUGAUGUGCUCUACACCAAGGCAACUUUGGUUCAUUCUCUCCUAGGCAUUCUUCUCCGCACUGCCAGCUUCUUCUCCACUAUUUCUACCUUAGUGAUCUUCUGCUUCUUCAUCGAUAAGCAUGAGUUCUCAAACAUUGACAUCAACAUUACUUACUUAUUACUCUUAGGAGCUAUUUUUCUAGAGAUUUAUGCUAUCAUUAUGCUGAUUUUGUCUGACUGGAGCAUCGUCUGGUUGAGCAGUAAGAAGAACUCCCUCACUGAUUCCAUUUCCCUGGCCAUCACCCCUUUUCGAUCAGUUUUAACCAGUGACAAGAGAUGGUCUGGACGCAUGGCACAGAACAACUUAAUUAAUUCUUGCCUCAGAGACAACACUAAGUUCAAUCAGGUUCCCAGGUUCUUUGACAUGAACAGAUUCUUAGAGAGGUACUGGUACAUGAAGUGGGAGAAGGUGGAUGCCAUGAAGGAACCCAUCUUCAGCUUGCUCCUAGAGAUGACAAAUGAUGUCAGGGAUCUCAGGUCACUACUAAAACACAGAGGUGAUUAUGUGAUUACGAAAUGGGGGUUUAUUGAGACACUUGGUUGGAGUGUAGUUGAUGUAGAAUUUGAUCACAGCAUCCUCCUUUGGCAUAUCGCAACAGAUCUCUGUAGCUAUUCUGAUGAGGACCCCAAUCCUAAAGCAAGAUGAUCCGA